AUGCGCGAAGCAUAUUCCGCAAGCCCCCCCCGUCAAUGGCUGCGCGGAUGCUGGCGGCGGAGCGCGGCGCAGGCCACGCGCGCGCAGCGAGCGCGGACCUCACGGCGCACUACGUUGCAGCUUCCGCUGGGGGUGGGGGUGGGGGGGGGGGUUGCGGGCGGAGGUGCUGCUGCUGCGAGCGCGGGAGGUCUGUCUUGGGGAGCGGGGGCGGCGGACGAAGGGGGGCGCAGCGGGCGCAUCUCCCGCGUUUUCAGGCGGUUAGGGCUGGGGAGCGGACGCUCGUCCCCGGUGGGCGUGAGUGGGCUUGGGGGGGCGAGCAGCGGGAGGGUGGACAUGGGGGUCGCGGGGGGAGCGGGAGGCGGGUUCGAAAAGAGUUUCUAUGAUACGCCGUUGCCUCUAUCAGAGGAUAGGAAACGGCUGAAUAGGCCGUCUGCUGCUGCUGCUGCUGCUGCUGCUGCUGCUGCUGCUGCUGCUGCUGCUGAAAGUGGGACGGUGGAAUCGAAGAGGAGAGAGGAAGCAGAUGCGAGGAGGGAAGAAAAGGAGUACGGGGGAGAGGAAGUGGAGGAGUGGGAGGAAGAGUUAGUGGAGGAGAGGGAGGAGGAGGCGAGGAGGAAAGGAGUGAGCACGGACGAGAUGCAUCAGGGGUUGCUGUUGAGAGGCUUGCGUGGUGGUGGUGACGGCGGUGCUAGUAGUUCUUCUGCCUUCCAUGGCAGCCGUUUUCCCGUGUCGUCCCCUCCUCACAACGCACCUGCUUCUGCUACGCCCUCUUUCGCGAGAGGAGCAGCGCAAGGGGCCACUCCCGCCGGCGCAGCAGCAGCAGCAGCAGCAGCAGAUGCAGACACAGCAGAAGGCGCAUCAGCAGGGGCAGAGGCGGGGGCGUGGGCGGUAGGGCAGGAGAUCGAAGUAGACGUGGUGGGGGAGGAUGGGCGCAGCAGCACCAUCCCUGCGCGCCUGGUGGAAGCCACAGUGGUGCAGAGCGGUGCAGGGGGGCGGCGAGUGAUGGGAAAGAUUGUGCUGGCAACAGGGGAGGUGAUGAUGGUGGCGGUGGAAGAGGAGGAGGGGGAGCGCGGAGGCGCGCCCAUGGCGCAGCCUGUGGGGAAGGGGGACAGGGGGGACGGGGGGGACGGGGGAGAAGGGGGGGACGGGGGGGAUGGGGGAGAGAUGGUGGCUUGGGGAGGAUCGGGAACGGGGGUAGGGAGAGCGGUUGCAGCUGGCGUGUGUGCAGAGGAGUUGGGGGCGGUAAGAGUGGGUGGUGGGAGUGAGAGCUUGGGCGAUAGACUUGGUGGGCGGAGGGAGGAGAAGACAGGGGGGAGGGAUAAGGAGAGGGAGAGGAAGAAGGAGAAGGAGAAGGAUAAAGGAAAGGGGAAGGAGGCUGGGAGUGUGAAGGAGAAGGAUCGAGCGUUGAGGGAGGUUCUGGAGAUGUCUAAGGGGAUUGGACGGUCCAGAUCGAGCAUGGCAGAGCUGAUCAAACGGGUGAGCAAGGACGGAGGGUGUAGCAGUUCGGAUGAGAAGGAGGGGGAAGUAGCCGGGGGGUCGCAGGGAGGGGGGAGAAAAGAAGGGCCGAGAAAGGAAGAGGGGCGAAAGGAAGUGGGAAAGAAGGAAGGGGGCGUGGGCAUGGGCGUAGGCAUGGGCAUGGGGAAGGGGAAGGAUGCAUUGAGAAAGGAACGAAGCAGUAAACUGGGGCGAUCACAGUCGAAUGUUGGUGAGCAACGUAGGGGUGGUGCGAUGGAAGGGGAGGGGGUGGGGAGGUCGCGAGAAGGUGCAGGGGAGAAGCGGCGGGGAUCAAGGCUACGAGGGACGUCACAGGGUGGUAUGUCCUGGGGUGGUGCUGCUGAUGGCGCUGCUGUUGGUGGGAGUGGUGUGGCUGGGGUGGGUGGUGUGGGUGGUGUUGGUGGUGGUGUUGGCAGUGGUGGUGGCGCUGCUGUAGGUGGUGCGGGGGUGGGAAGCGAGGAGGAGUCGGUUGUUGGGAAGAGUGUGACUCUGCCGCUGGAGAGGGAGAGGGAGAGGGAGAGGGAGAGAGAAAGGGAGAGGGAGAGCGAGAGGAGGGCAGAUGGGGGGGAGAGCGGUGGGGAGAAAUCGGGUAGGAAUGCCGCAGGCCUGAAUUUGGAAAGGACGGGAUCUGAUAAGAAAGAGAGGAGAGGAGGUGCUGAGGAGAGGGAGAAAGGGAGGAAGGGUGAGAAGGCACGGGAGAAGCUGGGCAGGUCUCAGUCUGUGGAGGUAGGGGCGGCUCAAACAGGCAAGCCUGCAGCAGCGAGGGGACAGAGGGUAGCCGGCACGGGUCGGAGCAGGGGGGGAUUGCGCUGGGCGCAGGCGGGCUCGGAGGGGCAGGGGUAUGGGGGGGGGGGAGGGGGAGGGGCAGGAGCAGGAGAGGGGGAGAAUCCAGAGGCCGUGGCAGCAAGCAUGCGGAGGGCGUGGGUGAGAGGCGGAGGGGGGGGAUCUCGGCUGAGUAUCCAGCAGCGGGAGCGGCGGCGCGCUCACAGCCGCUCCCAAAAGGACGCAGCUUGGUCCUUCCCUGCCAUGCCAGACCUUGAAGCUGCUGCUGCGCGCCUGGUGAGUGGGCCUCAGGAAGGGGAGGGGGAGGAGGAGGAAGAGGCGUUGCCUCCCCUGCCGGAGGGGGAGGUGGAAUUGGCAGCGGCGGCUGCGGCUGUGCGUGCUGCUGCUGGGUUGGGAGAUGGUGAGGAGAGUGAGAGUGAGAGUGAGGGGGAGGAGGAGGAAGGGAGGAGGGUUGGGGAUGGGAUGAUCAGCCCCUUGGUGAGUCCUAUCCGGAGCUCUGCUGAUCUUUCCGCUGGUGGGAGAGGUGGUGAAGGCGAAGAGGAGGAAGAGGAGGAGGAGGAGGAGGAGGAGGAGGAGGAGGAGGAGGAAGAAGAAGAGGAGGCUGCUACACCUCCGUCCCUUGGCCGUACAGAUGCCAGUGGCGGUCUUAUGACCCCUACCACCACCACCAUCGCCACCACUGCUCCCACCGUUCUACUCCCUGCAAGUUCACCAGCAGGCAAAUCAGCAGGCAGAUCAGCAGCAGCAGCAGCAGCAGCAGCAGCAGUGGCAGCAGGAAUGGGAGUGCCUCCUCUCUACUCCCCCGUGCUGAGACCGUCCGCGGCAGCAGCAUCAGCGUCCGUCAUUGCUGCUGCUGCUGCAGCCGCUGCAGACGCCCGCUCACGCACGCCUCUCCGCGUGGCCAUAGCGUCCCGCCAGGGCGCUGCUGCUGGCCGCUCAACAGCAGCAGCUGCUGCUGCCGCCGCUGCUGCUGGUGCGGGUGCCGGGGCUGCUGGUGGUGCUGGGGGUGUGAAGCAGGGGGGGAUGCUGUGGCAGCGCAGGAGCACGAGUUUUGGGGCUAUGGAGCUAGAAUCUCUAAUGACUGGAAGAGGGAAGGAUCCGUGGGGUAUGGGUUAUGCGGGCCCUCUCAGUUCUGGCGCCAAGGCUGUUGCAAGCGCUGUUGCUGCUGGUGCUGGCGCUGGCGCUGGUGCUGGUGGUGUUUUUGCAGUAAGGCCGCGUUCGCCGCUGCAGCAGCGCAAGAGAGUGAUGACAGAGUAUGAUGUGCUUCCUGGGGGCGGACCUGUGCGAUUGGCAGCAGCGGGGCCAGCAACAGGAGCAGCAGUGGGAUCGGCAGCAUUGGUGACCACACUAGGAGCGGAGAAAGAAGGUAGAGGAGGAGGUGGAGGAGGAGGAGGAGGAAGAGAAGGGGAAAGAGCGGGAGGAAGUAGGGACGGAGUGGGGAUGGAGAGACCAGUUGUGGGGAGAGCUGCUGUGCCAGAAGACGGUAGUUCCCUGCUUGCUUCUGCUGCUGCUGCAGCUGCUGCUGCCUUCGCUGCUUCUGCUGCUGGUGUUGGCGGUCUGAGAGGGCCCAGCCCUGCUCGCAUGCGGCCACCUGUCCCGCCCAGCACUGCUGCUGCUGCUGCUGCUGCUACUGCUGCUGCUUCCCCUGCUGCUUCUUCUCCUGCUGGUGAGGCUUCUGCUGCUGCUGCUGCUGCUCGUGGUGGGGCUGGUGCAGGGGCUGAUGAGAGGGCAGCAGGGAGUAGUGUGCUGGGGCGUGUUGCAUCGUUAAGUGAGGCAUGGCCUGUGAGAGGGGCAGUGAAGGCGGUGGAAAGGGAGCAGGAAGGGGCAGGAGAGGAGGAGCGAGGUGCUGUCUGGCAAGGGAAUGACGGGGAUGCUUCUGCCACUGCUGCUUCUACUGCUGCUGCUGCUGCUCCUUCUGUUGCUGCUGCUGCUGCUGCUGCUGCUGCUGCUGCUGCUGCUGCUGCUGCUGCUGCUGCUGCUGCUGCUGCUGCCGCUGCUGCUGAUGUGCAUCUGUUGUUGCAGCAGGAGCAGGAGCAGGAGCAGGAGCAGGAGCAGGAGCAGGAGCAGGAGCAGGAGCAGGAGCAGGAGUGGGAGCGGGAGCGGGAGCGGGAGCGGGAGCAGGAGAAGCAGCAAGGUAAGCAGCAGCAGCAGUUUGUCUCGGAGCAGGCAAGUGUGCAGCAGCGGGCGCAGCAGUCGCCACUGGCAAGGAUAAUGUCUGAAGAUGAUGGCGUGCCACGCAGCGACUCCGUGGUCAUACAUGAGUUCAGCUGUGAUGACAUGGACUCGGAAGGGGGAGUGGUGGCGGGUGAGGAGGGCAAGGAGGUCGAGGAGGGCGAGGAGGGCGAGGAGUGGGAGGAGGAGGGAGAGGAGGAGAGAGAGGAGAGAGCGGAGGACGGGAGAAGGAAGGAGUGGGAGGAUGUGGAGGAGGAGGUGGUGAGUGAGGAGGGUGGAUUGGAUGUGAGGGGAGGAAGAGCGGUCAAGGUGGUGCGAUGGAGCGAGGUGAAGGAGGAGGGCAGGGAGGGGAGGGAGGGCAAUGCACGCUUGGAAACUUCAGAGGAGGAUGAGUUAGAAGCAGAUGGGGAGGAGGAGACUGAUUCUGAUGGGGCAGAGGAUGAGACGGAAGAGGAAGAGGAUGAGGAGGAAGAGGAUGAAGUUGUUGAUGAGAUGAUGUUUGUGCGAUCGCUCUCGACGAUCCGACGGCCGGAAAUUGUUCGUCGGCUCAGCAGCGUACGCACAAUGGGAGCAGCAGCAGCAGCAGCAGCAACGAGCCGCGAGUUUGGGAUCAUAGGCAUGGCACGCUCAGCCGCACAAUCGUGCCAGGAGCACUGGUCCCGCCUCUUCCUCCGGUACUUAGAGCUUUCCCUCCAGCUGCCCUCACAUGCUGCUGUCGGUGGGGUGAACACCAGUAGUGCUCGGGAGCCUGCGCCCCAGCCGCGGUCGCUGUCGGGGCUGUUUGCUUCGGACGAGGGCGAGUGGCUCGGGAGUGCCGUGCCUGUGGUUCGGAGCGUGCAGAGCAACCCCAACUGGACGGCAGCUUCGGCUUUAAGAGAAUACGAGUGGGUGAAGAGAAAGUUCCAAGGGGCGUGUGGCAGCUGCGAGCAAUUCUCGGAGACUCAGGUGAGGAAGCUGUUUGCCUUUGGGCUAGCUGUGUGGAUCAAGUACUGGGAGCAGUGGGGGGAAGAGAAGCCAGACUGGGCAUAUGAGCUGGACGAGUGGUACGGUGGGGAGGAGGGCGAGGAGGAAGGUGAGGGAGAGGAGCAGGAGGAAGGGGAGGAGGAGAUGGGGGGCAACAGGCGGCAGCAGCUGCAGCAGCAGCAGGGGGCAGAAGGGAAUCGGCGCCCGUCCUUCUUCUCCUCCUCCUUGGCCCAAUCCCUGCGCCGCCACGGCACCUUAGGCCGCAGCUCAGCCGCCCUCGCUACUGCUCCCAUGCCCUCUCCUGUAGAAGCCCGGUGGGGCUCCCAAGGCUCGCUGCAGUACAGACUCGCCAAGGAAGCUCUAGCAGGGGCAGGGGCAGCAGGGGGAUCAAGGGGGGGAGGAGGAGGAGGAGGGGGGUACUUGCAGGGGAUGGUAUGCAGGCAAGACGAGGUGGUGUUGCUGGUGGGUCUUGCUGCGUCCAUCUGCUCUUGGCAGCCUGCCACAGCGUGCAUGUGCCUGCUUCACCUCCUCGACCGCCUCGCCAGCUCUUUCCAACAAGACAUUUCUCUAGACUCCCCCCACCACUAUGUGACAGGCAUGCCUGCUCUCUUUGACCUCCUCCCGUCCGCUCAUCUCGCCUCCUGCCGUGCACUGGUCAUGAGCUGCCUUCGGUCCGUGCUUACUGCUUGCUUUGACCGCGCUGCUGCUAGUGGCGCUCUGGGAGGAGGGGGGGAGGAUGGUGGGGGAGCGGGAGCGGGAAUGGGACGGUCGAGCUCGAGGCAUGAGCUGGUGAUGCAGGCGCUGUUGAAGCAGCAGCAGGAGCAGCAGCAGGAGGAGGAGAUGCAGAGGAAGCAGCGUGCAGAGCAGGGGCAGGGGCAGGGGCAGGGGCAGGGGCAGGGGCAGGGGCAGGGGCAGGGGCAGGGGCAGGGGCAGGGUCAGGCGGGGGCACCAGAAGAAGGGCAGGGAGAGCAGUCCAAUCCCAAAGAUCAGGAGAAGAACCAGCAAUCAAGACCACAACCACAAUCACAGCCCCAGUCACAGCCCCAGCCACCGCAGCAGCAGCCUCUAUCACCACCACCACCAGCAGCAGCAGCAGCAGCAUGGGCACCACUCCCUCUCUCAGCCCUUGCCGAGAUCGCACUAGCAGAAGGCAUAGCGCAGGCGAGGCACAGCAGCCUGGCGGAGCGAUGCGAGGAGGUAGACAGACUCUACUACUCCUUCGGCUUCGGCCCCGGUCUCCUAGCUAUGAACCUCGCUGUGGAAGCCCGGUCUCUCAGGAACCUCUCUGCAGACGAUCUACUGGCAAUUGCACGGCACUGCGUCCGAAUGGGUUUACACGAGGCUGCUUUUAGGUUCGGCAUGGCCGCCGUAGCUACGGGCAGGCUCGGCGUGGACGGGUUCGGGCAGGUGAUCUCGAUGGUGUUUCUCGGGCGAGGGGUGGAGUCGGUUUCAGCGCGGUUCGCGCGGCUUGCCACUGCGAUCAAGAAUGCACCAGGAUCAGCUAUGGCUGCCGCGCCUACAGCUACAGCAGCUGCAGUGGCAGCUUCUGUAGCAUCCGCGCUUGGCCCUGCGGCGAUGGCAACUGCAGGGCUGCAUCUGCCGCCGCUGCCGCAGCCGACACCAGCUCCUGUGUACAUCGGGCAGUUUGCAGAUGCGAUGCUGAGAAGCAAGCAGCUGAAGCAGCGAUUCCCGUGGGCGUAUGAGGUCACUCUGAACUUCCUCAGGAUGAAUCUGAGGGGUAGUAGUCCUGGGGGUGGGCUCAGUAGUGGUGCUGCUGGGUCGUUCAACCUUUCUGGUGCGUCUGCUUCUGCUUCUGCGUCUGCUUCUGCUGGUGAUAGUGGUGGUGGUGCUGGGAAUGCAUUAGAAGCGCUAGAGCGCGAGCUAGCAGCGCACGUGGUGCUAAACCGGUGGCUAGGAAUAGGCCUCCCAGGAAGUGGCGUGCGCACAGUGGGGCAGGCAGAGGAGAGGGCAGUGGAGGUAGUAGAGCAGAUUGCAGACCCGGAGCAGCAGGUGGGGUGGGCCGUGUGGCUGCGCGUGGGACGGCUGCUGGAGAGCGAGCAGCCGCAGCUGCCCAUGCUGCUGGAGACAAUGCAAGUCAAGUCCGUCAUGCAUACAUACGAGCUCAUAGAUGUCAACGGGGAGGCAGCAGAUUUCCUCUCUCUAGAAGCCUUUGACUGGGGCUUACAGGGGCUGCUAGCCUGCCUAGACCCCUCUGACGGGGCGGCGGAGCUCAUAGAUUUGAUUUACCCGCUGGACGAGGAGCGCGUGCUGCUGUGCCUCACCAUUGCCGCCCGCAUGGCUGCCACCCACACCGUGGGGAGCGGGCGGCGAUGGCCGACCCGGGAUCUGCCAAAGUUUGUCGCCCAGUUACUGUCCCUGGCUGAGACGUGGCGAAUGGAGGGCCAGCAGAUGUCGCGAGCAGUGAGCGUGGUCACUCUGCUGUGGGGAUGGGCGCUCCCAAAGAGAGAACAACUCAUGGACCAAUGCGGGUCUGCUGAUGAAGCAAGGGAAGUCCUGGAGCGCACUGCGUCCUCGAUAUGGAGGUCCCUUGCACAAGGAACCCAGAAGUAG